UGGGGAGGCAGCCUAGGAGCGCACAGUCCUGAGGAUAAUCGCAGGUGGUUAGGGGGGUUACAAUCUGCUGACAAGGGACGAGAGGAGCAGGUGUGGAAUUGUGUUGGAGGAAGCAUCGAUCUGACGCAAUUUAUGCUCUCAUAUUCAACCCCUAGAUCGAGGUUGUCUUCUCUUUUUUCCCCCCCUCUACCUCGAUGAUCCACAAUGCGGUCUUCGGCUCGGGUCGUCGCCAGUUGCGCUCUCUUCAUCCUCUGCGCGCUCCGGUUUAUUGACGGGGCUAAAGGACAGCGGCUGUGUAGUGAGGCGGACUACUACUACGAGUACACAGAGUGUGACAGCACAGGAUCUCGCUGGAGAGUGGCCAUCCCACAGAGCCGUGGGGCCUGCACUGGACUACCAGAGCCAGUACGCGGCACUGAGUGCACCUUCUCAUGUGAUGCUGGGGAGUUCCUGGAGAUGUCAGCCCAGGAGUGCACCCAGUGUGCAGCAGGAAGCUACUCCCUCGGUAGCGGUAUUCGCUUUGACGAGUGGGAUUCCAUGCCGGCUGGAUUCAGUAGCUUAGCAACCUCCCUUGAAAACAGUCCCAGCGGAGAGGACAGACUCACCUGCAACAGUUCUUCCUGGGUGCCUCAAGGAAACUACCUGGAGUCCAACAGGGAUGAGUGCACAGUCUCUCUUAUUUAUGCCGUCCACCUGAAGAAACAGGGCUCUGUCAGCUUCGAGUACCAGUAUCCAGACAACAACCUGCUGUUUGAGUUCUUUAUCCAGAAUGACCAGUGUCAGGAGAUGGAUCAGUCUUCUGAUGCCAAGUGGCUGAAACUUACCAAUCAUGGGGAAUGGGCAACACAUACAGUGAACCUGAAAUCUGGCACUAACGUUUUGUACUGGAGAACUGGUGGAGUCAUGAUGGGGACCAAAGUGGUGAAGCCUGUUCUGCUGAAAAAUGUUCAAAUAGAAGGAGUCGCAUACACGUCCGAGUGUUUUCCUUGUAAGCCGGGGACGUUCAGCCACGACCCAGGCUCCUCCACAUGUGAUCCCUGUCCUCGCAACACAUACUCUGGCCACGGUGCCAGCUCCUGCACCCCCUGCAACACCACUACUCACUAUGCAGCUGAGGGUUCUGAUAUGUGUAAGGACAGACCGCCAUGUUCCAAGAAGGACUAUUUCCAGAUCCAUACAGCAUGUGACCAAGAGGGCAAGACGCAGGUCAUGUAUAAGUGGAUUGAACCAAAGAUCUGUCUGGAGGGAGUUACUGGAGCCCAGUCUUUGCCUCCUGGUGGAGAACGAGAGCCCUGCCCCCCUUGUAACCCCGGUUUCUAUAACAACGACACAGCCACCUGCUCACCUUGCCCACCUGGGACCUUUUCCGAUGGGAUAAAACCAUGUACCCAGUGUCCUGCAGGUACUGAGCCCACCCUUGGUUACGAGUUUAAAUGGUGGAAUAUUCUUCCUGGGAACAUGAAGACCUCCUGCUUCAAUGUGGGGAACUCUAAAUGUGACAGUAUGAACGGCUGGGAGGUAGCAGGUGAUCACAUCCAGAGUGGAGCAGGAAGCUCAGAUAACGAUUACCUCAUCCUCAACAUCCAUGUUCCUGGCUUCAAGCUCCCUAUGUCUGUUUCCAGCCAGUCUGGGACAGAGUUUGGUCGCAUCACAUUUGAAUUUGAAACGGUGUGUAAAGCUGACUGCGAGCUCUACUUCAUGAUGGACGUCAACAGGAAGAGCACCACGGUGGUAGAGUCCUGGGAGAGAGCAAACGCAAGGCAGAGGUUCACACACGUCAUGACACAGAAUGCCUCCGUUUCUUACACGUGGGCUUUCCAAAGGACUAACCAACCUUCAGAGGUGCGCAGGCAUCUCAAUGACAUGGCGCGAAUCUACUCCAUCACGGUGAGUAAUGCUGUCGAUGGGGUGUCCUCCAGCUGCCGCGCUUGUGCCCUUAGCACCCAACCCUCCAGCGCCGCGUGUGUGCAGUGCCCACCCGGACAUUACAUAGACACGAGCACCAGCCAGUGCACAGAGUGUCCUCACAACACGUACCUGGUGUCUCAUGCCACGCUGGGCCCAGACGCCUGCAAGGCCUGCGGACCAGCCAGCAUGAGCGACAAGGACCACAGGUUAUGUUACAGCGACUGUCACUUCACACACACAGAGGGAAAUGUGACUCUGACUUAUGACUUCAGCCUCCUCGGAUCUGUGGGAUCUCUGAUGAACGGUCCAAGCUUUACCUCCAAAGGAACCAAAUACUUCCACCAUUUUAACAUCAGCUUGUGUGGAGGACAGGGUCAGCUGGCACUGUGCACCGACAACGUGACCGACCUCUCCGUCACAGAUACCCAGCAAGGCGAAGGAUCCAACGCCGUCAAGACCUUCAUCUGUCAGUCGACAAUAAUCCCGGCUAAUGGACGAGGCUUCCACACGGCGCUCGCCUCACAGUCCAUUAACCUGGCCGACACGUUCCUGGGAGCAACAGUAAACGACACACUCGAUGGAAUAAAAGCGAGUCCUGAGCUGUACCCCCAGACCUCCAAGAAAGUCCCUGAUGUUCAUUUCUACUACAGGUCCUUAGAGCCAACCUCCUCUUGUGAGUCAGGGCGGAGCGCUGUGGUGACUCUGCGCUGUAACCUAGAAAAGAACAUGAAAGGCGAUCUCUCAGUUCCCAGUCUGUGCCCUGCAGGAACCUGUGACGGCUGCACCUUCAACUUCUUGUGGGAGAGCUCCGGAGUCUGUCCCACAUGCACGGAGAGAGACUACCAUCAAAUAGAGGGAGCCUGCAAGGGAGGACAGCAGGACCUGCUGUAUGUGUGGACGGAGCCCAAGCUGUGUAUGGGAGGCGUGACCUUGCCUGAAAAGAAAACCUUGCCCUGUGAGGGGAUGGAGUUCUGGGUCCGGCUCGGUGCGGGAAUGGGAACCUUCACCGCAGUGCUGCUCGUCUCCCUCACCUGCUACUUCUGGAAGAAGAACAAAAGGUUGGAGUACAAGUACUCCCGCUUGGUGAUGUCUGCCAAUAAGGAGUGUGAGAUGCCAGGAGCCGACAGCUGUGCCAUGAUGGAAGGGGAGAACGAAGGAGACAUGGAAGAUGAAAUCGUGUACACGAAACCUUCUCUGCUCAAAAAACUCAAAGCCAUAGCAUCCAAGAACAACGGAGAGAACUUUGAACACGUGCAGCUAAACUCGUCUCAUUCAAAAGCGUUGAUUUGGAGCUAGAGAUGCAAACGCGUGAUGAUUGGGAGAGAUCGGAUCCUCAAGAGACUUUUCACUGAACGACCCCUUUAAACAACCAUCCCUUUUAGGAGCUUCGGUACCUGGAACUGUGUGUAUAUACACAUACACACACACACAUAACGCACCUGGAGCUUGAAGGAGUCACACAAACCCGGUGGCCUUAAAGUUCGGUACAACAGAUCCGUCCAUCCGUGUGAUAAACACUUCCUGCUAAUGUUCUGAGUCAAACCGAUGUCAGAAAGGCUGUUAGAAGAGCUCAGGGUAAAACAAGGACCUAAGUGAAACCUUUCCUGUUUUCUUCAUAUUAAUUUCAGUUUGUGCGGUGUUUAAAUGUCUUUUGAGAGCGAGUAGGUCAUUUGCCGUCAGUGUCACCACGCUGAAUGUGUGUCCGUCUCCCAUAGACAUUUAGAACAGACUGCUAUAAUCUGGCCAUUUGAGGCAUCUAUCUUCUCUUUUGUUUGUUUUGCUGCUCAUAAUUUGAAAAUGAAAAUGUCAUGUGAGAUGAGAUGAGUGAAGGUUUUGGUGUUGACUGUCGAUUUAUGUAAAAUAAAUUAUGAUGUAUU